AUGGCGAGUUUCUUUCAUGAGACUCAGACAGAUGAUUCACCUUCGCAAGAAAUUUUUGGAGUGGGAAGUUCAACAACAAGAUCGCCAGAAACGACAGUAAAGAGUUCCACAAGCACUUCGUCUGAAACUACAACAGAGAGCACGGCAGAUAAUUCGCCAGAAACUACAACAAGGAGUUCGACAGAUAAUUCACCUGAAACUACAACAGAGAGCACGGCAGAGGCACGUGAAACUACAACAGAGGGUACGACAAAUAAUUCACCAGAAACUACAACAGAGAGCACGGCAGGUAAUUCACCAGAAACUACAACAAGGAGUACGACAGAUAAUUCACCUGAAGCUACAACAGAGAGUACGACAAAUAAUUCACCAGAAACUACAACAAGGAGUACGACAGAUAAUUCACCUGAAGCUACAACAGAGAGUACGACAAAUAAUUCACCAGAAACUACAACAGAGAGCACGACAGAUAAUUCACCAGAAGCUACAACAGAGAGUACGACAAAUAUAUUGCCAGAAACUACAACAGAGACUACAACAGAGACUUCAAAUGUGAGUUCGUGUAAGAUGCUGCAUUCAAUGGGCUACCAAACAAGUGGUGUCUACUCCAUCAUUCCUAGUGGGGCGGAUGCGAUCGAUGUUAACUGUGAUAUGAUCAGCGACGGCGGAGGAUGGACAGUUUUUCAGAAACGUUAUGAUGGGUCUGUCAAUUUCUACCGGAAAUACGCUGAGUAUGUCCAAGGAUUUGGUGACGUCAGCGGCGAAUACUGGUUGGGGUUAGAUAUUAUCUAUUUGCUGGCCAAAGAUGGCGUCGAGCUACGGAUCGAUUUGGUGGAUUACAGCAACAAUCAAGUCUAUGCCCAUUAUGGUCAAUUCAGCAUUGGAAGCCCUAUCACAAACUACCGACUCAAUUUCUCAUCAUAUUCUGGUACUGCAGGAGAAGGACUCGAUGUGGCCAACGCACAAGGCUUCACGACCUAUGACAUGGACAAUGAUAUUGCAGGGGGAAACUGUGCAAUUGAUUACCAAGGGGCGUGGUGGUAUAAUUAUUGUUACACGUCCAAUUUAAAUGGUGUUUAUGGAAUUCAGAACGAUCUUCGUGGAAUCGUAUGGACCUGGCCUGAAAAGUACAUGACAUCUACAGAGAUGAAGUUGAGAGAAUCCUCUUAAUUCAUUCAUGUUUGCGCCAUUUGUUUUUCUUAUCUCGAAUAUGAGCUUUCGAAAGACAUUCCAGUAAAAUGUCUAUGUAUAUAUGGAUAUUGAUAAUGCUUUGAUUGACAGUCCAAAAACCUGACAUUAUCUUUAUUGCGGCUUGUAAAGAUUUUAACUUGAGUUGUGUACAAUACCAUCGACUCGAGUCCAAGUCCAGCGCAAUUAAGUAAUACAACACUGAUAGUCCACUUUUUGAGAGAAACUUGAAAAAUAUUGAUGUGUUUUUGCUGAAUUCAGUGGAUUGGAACAUAUAUAAUUAUAUUUGUGUAUAUAAACACUGUUGCCCAUAAAGUUGGAAUGAUUUGUAUUUACCUCUUUUCAUUUGAAUGAUUUUGAUGUGAUUUGUUCUUCAUGGAACGGAUUAUAAUUAUCCUAGAACUACAUUGAUCAAUCUCUAUGCAUCAGUCUGUAGAUUGAUCAUUAAUGUUCUGAGAAGUAUAAACUUUAUCAAGCAGAAAUCGCACUGUCAAUGUCAGAUCAUAAUAUGAUAUCUCCUUGCCCUGUCCUGAGUAAGAUUUUAUUAAAUGCAUAUAAUUAGGCCUGAAAAACUCUAUCACACUGAAGAGUACGUGCAUGUGUAAGUAUUAUCGUUUAUGACAAACAUCAAAAUACUCCAAAUUUUGCAGUAUAUAUGAGUUUUAAUGUUAAUUAAUGUUCAGCACAAACCUGUCUGUGUAUAACAAAAUAUGAUUAUCUUCACAGAUAAAACAUACUAAAAACACAAUGAACCUGUUUCUCCUAUCUCUGAAACGAUAACGAAUGUAUAUCACCAUGUUCUAAGAUCGAAUAAUAGACGUUAUUAAACAAAACACAACUUUAUUCAAAUGUUUUAAUCCAAUAAAUGUUGGACCUUUACGUGUACAUAAACUUCAUGAAGAAAACUUA